UGCAGCUUUUCCAGUCUCGCUAGCAUCAUGAAGGCGGCUUGGGGAGCGCCGUUUAAUGAGCCGCUAAAUUAUCGCUUGUAAAUACGAAAAUCACACCUGCAAGUCUAUGAAACUGGACACGGUGCUUAAAUAGAAUUUUGGCCCUGCAGAAUGUCCAAGAUCAGGCGGAAGGUAACAGUGGAGAAUUCGAAGACCAUAUCCGACAGCAGCAGCAGCAGCGGCGGCACGACCACCCCAUCCCGCAGGCCCAGCGUGUUUGAGAGGCUCGGACCCAGCACGGGGAGUAAUGUUACCGAGACCCACUGUAGAAAUUGGUUAAAGACAGGAAAUUGCAGUUACGGCAACACUUGUCGCUACACACAUGGAACUCCGUCAAGAGGCAAAGGUUUUUCCGGAACGUUCAGCAGGUCAGCGGAGAGGCCCACUGGGGAUCUCCGGGAGAGGAUGAAGAAUAAGAGACAGGAUGUAGAUGCAGACACUCAGAAAAGAGAGCCAGACGAACCGACUUCACCUGCAGCCAGACAGAGAGAUUCAUCCCGAGGCAGACACAGAGAGAAAGAGGACAUAAAGAUCACGAAAGAGCGAACGCCAGCCAGCGAAGACGACCCAGUAGAGUGGGAGCCCACUCGUGAAGACUCUGAUAACGGUGACUACGACUACGAGUUAUCCCUGGAGAUGAAGAGGCAGAAGAUCCAGCAUGAGCUGAUGAAGCUCGAGCAGGAGAACAUGGAGAAACGAGAAGACAUCAUCAAGAAAGAGGAAUCGCUGGCCAAGACCCGAACCAGCAGCACUUCCAAAGAUCGAGGGUCCCCCGAACGCUCCAGCUCCAAGGGCUCGCCCUCGUCCCGCAAGUCGGGUGCCUCGCCCAAACGCAAAGGUGCCGGGAAAGGUGUCGGCUCCGGCAAGAAGGAGAAGAAAUCGUCCUCCUCUUCCUCAGUCCUGUCGUCCCCUGUGGUAGAGCAGGGCCGGCCCGAGGAGGCAGAUAGCAGGUCGUCCAAGAGCAGCCACAGCAAGAAGAAGGGGCCCCGCACUCCCAGCCCGCCACCCCCCGUGCCCCUGGACCUGCCCGUGGGGGGCAAGAAGCACAAGGGCAAGCACAAGAACAAGGAGAAGAGUGAGGACAAGGUGCGGGAGGGCAAGGAGAGGGGCAGAGAUGUGGAGAAGCACAAGGAGAAGAAGGAGAAACGCAGGGACCGUUCUGACAGUUCCCACAAAGCCAAGCGGUCGGUGACGUCAGAAGAACGGUCUGCCAGUGUGUCGCCGCCAGCACGGAGGAAGUCCUCGUCCCCUAAACCAGGCGCCCAGAAACAGGGCUCACCCCAGAGGUCCCGUACCCCACUUCGUCAUCACCGUAGCCCCUCCCCAGUGUCCCGCCCCCACCACUCUCCCUCCUCCCAUUCUGGCUCCUCCCACCAACGCCACUCGCCUUCCCCCCCACCCCGCCGCCGCCGCGGCUCCCCCUCCCCGUCCUUCCAGCGUGACCACCUUCCUCCCUCUUCUUCCUCACCUCUGGCCUCCCAAGCCUCACGCCGUUCCCGAUCGCGCUCACCCCCCACCCCACACAGGGAGGCGUCGCCCGUCCGCGGGCGAUCGAGCCCCGCCUCCCGCCACCACUCGCAGGGCCGAGAGAGGGGGAGGAGCGAGCGGGAGAGGAGCCCCACCCAAGACAGACGUCACGAGCGCAGAGACGAGAGCCGCGGCAAGCGUGAGAAAGAGGGAGGACGUGACGAUCGUGGCUACGAUGCCGAUCAGGGCUCCAUGCGGGACGAUCGCGAGAGCCGGGACCGGCGCGCAGACCGCGACCGCCGAGACGCCCGCGACGACCGGCAACACCGCGGCGACGCCAAGGACCUGCGGGAUGCCCGCGCAGCAGAGUCUAGGGACCGUUCUGGACGGGACUCCCUGGAACAGCGGGACCGGGAGCGCGAGAGAGAGAGGGACCGGAGCGAUGCCCACAGGAAAGAGGACGCGUCCGUGCAGGAAGAGAGGAGUUACGCGAGGGGCCACGGGAGAGAGGAGGGCCGCGCGGACAGCAGGAACGACUCGCGGGCCGAGAGGACCGGCAGGGGGAGGGGCCGCGUGUCGGACGCGGUAGACAAAGGUUCGUCCCGCGGGUCCCGCGCCUCACAGGGUGAGAGCGGCAGUAGUGGCGGCCACGACAGCUGGGAGUCCCGCAGCACUGCGCUGAGAGAGAGGAGCUCAGAGAGGGCGGUGGAGCGCGAUCGCUACGAUAAUGACAGGCAGCGCGGCGAGCAGGCCAGGGACUCGUCCUACGACCGCCGCGGAAGUCACGUGGAGAGAGAUCGCCGUGACAACAGGGACAGAGAUCAGAGAGCGCCCUCACCUGGCCGCCACCAGAGCCGCAGCGAGGAAACCGACCGCGACGAGCGGCGAGACGAGCGAAGGAGCGACCGGGGGGAGGACAGACGAGACGACCGCGGUCGCGAGCGCGACCGGGAGAGGGAGAGGGAGCGAGAAAAGGAGAGGGAGAGGGAGGCAGAGAGGGAGCGGGAGCGCGCCAGGGAGAGGGAGCGAGAGAGGGAGGAGCGGGAGCGGGAGAGGGAGCGAGAACGAGAGCGAGAAGAACGAGAGAGGGAGCGCGAGCGGGAGCGGGAAGAGCGCGAGCGGGAGCGGGAAGAGCGCGAGCGCGAGAGGAAGGAAAGGGAACGAGAAAGGGAGCAGCGGGAGAGGGAGAGGCAGCGGGAAUGGGAGGAGAGGGAGAAGGGCAGAGAGGAGCGCAGGGAGAAGAGGGAGGAGCCGCGAGAUGAGCGCUUGGGCCGGGACGCUCGCGACGAGAGAAAGAACAGCGGACGCAAGAGGCAUCGCGUGGAGAGCAGCCCCAGUCCUCGUCCGUCUCCUAAGAAGGCACGGGAGGCCAGCCCUGCAGACAGCGACGGCUACAACAGCACCGAGGAGAAAGGUGAUAAACACCGCCUCCUGAGUCAGGUGGUCCGCCCUCAGGACCCCAGCCGCUCCCCUCCGCGCUUGACCACAGAGGAGAAGCCUGCCCGCUGGAGAGAGGACGAGCGCCGCGCCGACAAGAAGGAUGUGCGAGGUGGCCGGCACGAGGAGGUGGAGCCUCGCGGCGAGCGAGGCGCGGGCCGAGGGGCGGAGCGCCGAGGCGAGCAAGUCGCGGAGAGUCCAGGGGCUUUGGAGUUGCGGAGGGGCAAAGAGCAGAGGGAUUCCGGCACGCCGCCCCCCGCCGUCUGCACCGCCGUGCCCGAGGGCCGGGACUCUGCCUCGGCCGUGCACGAGGAGGGCAAGAAGAAGACCAAGUCCCAAAAGAAGAGCCAGAAGAAGAACCGCAAGGACGAGGAGGCCAGCGGCGCAGCUGCGGACCGCUUUAACCCCGAACCUCUGCCGUCCUCCGCCGCCCCUGCCUGCGAGCCGCUGCGCCCCCUCCUCUCCCCCCGCAAGAUGGGCAAGAAGAAAGGGCUGGACCGCAAGCGCAAGCGCUCGCGCGGCGCCGAGUCGGACGGGUCGGAGGACGAGCAGGCCAUCGCGCCGCACCCCGUCAGCAAGAGGCGCCGCGGCCCGCGCACGCCCCCGCCGAUCAACAAGGAGGACCUGCCCUCCCAGCGGGCGCUGGCGGCUGCUGGCCACGCCCCCCCCGCCGCAGAUCUCAAGAUGGACGGCAACUUCAGCGACUGGUCCGACGAGGACGUUCCGGAGCGCGGCGGCGGCGCAGGCAUGGCUCCGUCCGCGCCGCUCCUGGCCGAGCGGCCCCCGGAGCGCCUGCUUCCUGCCUCGCCCCGACGGAGCCUGCGGGGCCGGAACCCGCCCAUCGCGCCGCUGCUGCCGGACCCGCCCAUGCUGAUGCAGACGCUGCCGCUGCAGCCCCUCCUGCCCCAGCACAUGCUGCGGAAGCCCCCACAGGCCGACGCCCACCAGCUGCAGCGCGGCGGCAUCCUGCCCGGCAACCAGAGCCGGGUGGUGGCGGCACAGGCCCCGCCCCGCAGGAUGCGCUCGCCCUCCAACGAUUCGGUGCACCGCGCCGACGAUGGGCAGCAGGGGGUGCGCUCGCGGCGUGGACGCAUGCAGGGGGGCAACUCCCGCGACAGGGAGAGGGCGGCCGCCGUGGCAGCUAACGAGAUGAUGGGAGGUGAGAGGAAGUCGAGGAUGGACCAGCUGAGGAGGGGAGAGCCGAGUCGCAGCAACUCCUCUGACCGGCAGGAUUCUCGCAGUCACAGCUCACGGCGCAGCUCUCCGGAGUCUGAGCGGCAGGGCCGCUCCCGUGCCGGCUCCUACGACAGCCGCGAGCGCGACCAGUUCGAGCGCGACAGGAAGGACCACCGGCAACCGCAGAGCCAGCUGCCGCCGCCGCAGCGCGACUGGGAGCCGGAGCCGCGCGAGUGGGUCGGGCGGGGCCGUGAGCCCCUCCUUCGCGCCAACCGAGAGCCAAUCAGAGAGCGGGACCUGCGCGAGAGGGAACGGCUGCUACCCGAGGGGCUGCUCUCGCACGACCGCCUGGAGCGAGACCGCGGGGAGAGGGAACGGGACCGGGGGGAGCGCGAGCGCAUGCUGCCGUUUGACCUCCUGCCACUAGGGGAGCCCAAGAACAGAGCGGAGAUGAGGAUGGAGCGGGCGGACUAUGAACCGCUGCUGCCCCGAGAAACCCUCAUGGACCCGGACAAACCAAGCAGCACAGACGAGCCCCACACGCAGGCCGAGCCCGGCGAGCCAGAGAAGUUGGAUGUCCUCGAUGAUGAGGAUGAUGGGAAGGGUGAAGAUGCCCAGUCUGUGGCGUCGGGCGGCGAGGAGUAUGAGCCAAUCAGUGACGACGAGCUGGACGAGAUUCUGGCCGACAGUCAGAAGAGAGAGGAGCAGCAGGAGGAGGAGCGGGUCCCCGGGCCCCUGGACGUGAUCGAUGUGGACUGGUCCAGUCUGAUGCCCAAGCAGAAGCAGGAGCCGCGGGCCCCGGGGGCGGCGCUCCUCAGGUUCACGCCCGGCGCCAUGCUACUCCGGGUGGGCGUGUCCCGUCGGCUGGCGGGACCUCGCCUCCUCACGCGCGUGAAGGACGCCUGCGCCAAAGAGCUGGAGGACGCGAAAGAUGCUGAGAAACUGUUCGAGCACGACCUGGGGGCGCUGAACAUGGCAGCGCUGAACAGGAAGGCAGAGAGGGCGAACCUGCUCCGUAGUCUGGGCCCGUGCUGCAAGGCGCUGUGUGCCCGCCGAGACCUCGCCAUCCGCAGACAGCUGCUGAAAAACGACAAGGGGACAACUAAGCAGAUAUACACCAGUGCGCCGGUGGUGGACCAAGAGUUGCUGCAGCUCACCUUGCGUCUCUUUAAAAAGAAAAUGGCCACUGGUCAGGAGAAGGCUGACCCUGCAUCUGCGGCAGCCGAGGUGUGCGUCUCCUGAGGCAACGCCAAGCGUGCGAAAACUGACCUAGGAUCAGACGCGGCCACGGUUCUAAAACACUGAAACUGUAAGUCGGUGAUAAUGGAGGAUCGUGUCCAUGAGACUUGGGGAGGACAGCACCAUAGAGACUGGAGGAAUGCUAGCCUAUGAAGACACUGUCCGACUCAUGCUGGCCGGUGAACUUUGUGUUCUGAGUGUGUGGCGCAGAGAAGGCUGGGUGCUUUAAUUUGAAGUUUAAAUGUUUUAGAGAACAUUUAACAUUUUAGGCUGUCCAUAUAAUCUUGUUUGUUGUUGAGUUUAUACCGAAGUUGCUUUGUUUAAUUGAUGUACUAUGAAUUGCCUGUUAGAGAUGUACAUUAAAAUGUGUGCUUCAAGC